AUGAAGCAUCCGUUGAGUUGGUCAACCUAUGCUUGUACUGCUCUGUUUCUGAUAGGUGUAUUUCGAAGCAUUUAUCUUUAUUCAGUCUCAACCCGAGAUCUGCGAUGGUCGGAUGAGCAUCCUAUGGUUGAUGAUGUUGAUGAUGAUGGGUAUGCUUCCUCUCGCCCUAAAGCAGCCCGUCCCGUUGCACCGCAGACGGAAGCGGGUUUAAGCAACGUCUCCUCGGUCUUGGAUGAUAAAGCGGAGGGGCUGUUUUAUUUUGUUCAACUCUCCGAUUUGCAUCUAUCUAAAUUUCAAGCCAAAGGACAUACGAUCCAUUUUUUGCAUUUCCUGCAGUCUAUUUUACCUGUGAUCCAACCCGAGUUUGUCGUGGUGACAGGUGACUUGAUCGACGGCAAAGAUAAAACAAGAACCGUGUCAGCCCAAUAUGUGGACGAAUGGAAAGUGUAUCAUACCGCACUCAAAGAAACCGUGCUUUCUUCUGAUGCCUACCGUCGUGACGGCCGUCCCUUGCCUUGGUACGACAUGAGGGGAAAUCAUGAUUGCUUUGAUUUGGAUUCAUGGACGGCAGACAAUAAUUAUUACAAAGAGUAUGGACAGAGCGCCAAGGCAUGGGAGGAGGGUCAAGGCGUGUAUCGAUGGGAAGUCAACAAACCAUUUGGCGAUUAUCAGUUUAUCGCGGUAGAUGCCUGUCCUAAAAGAGGUCCUUCUCGUCCGUUCAAUUUUUUCGGUUACUUGACGACCCACACCAUGGAUCGAUUAGCGUCUCUUCUUUUGUCUAACAAGAAGCGUUACCAUCAUACGUUUUUGUUUUCACAUUAUCCUACGACCACCAUGAUCCCUGGCAUCUCUUCCAACGAUGUACUCAAAACGUACUUUCGACGAACGGAUUCACUUGAACUCGAGUUGUCGGAUAUGAAGGACCAUGGCUCGUAUCGUAUUGUGGCUGUGGACCAUGAUUUGAUUUCCUUUGUGGAUCUUGACCUGCCUAUCACGCGCAUUCCAGCCGUCCCUCACGACAGCAUUGUUCCGCUGAGCGCGCCAGAGGAAACACUUGUAUGGCCCGCGGAAGAGGAAAGACUGGAUCCCGCGCCGAUGGUACUGAUCACGCAUCCCAAAGAUGCUCGUUAUCUUUUGCCAAGUAAGGAGCCGUUACGGCUCUCCAAGCAAAGUUCUCAUCUUCGUUUUCUUGUUUUUUCUUUGUAUGAAGCAUCUCAACUCGACACCCAGAUUUGGAUAGACGGUCAACGACAUCCUUUCCCAGCUCACUUUGUGGGCCAGGGCCCUCAGCAGCAGCAGCAGACCCUACCUUUAUGGACGAGCGUGUGGGAUUCCAAUGACUUUGAUGACAGAAAAACGCAUCAUUUGCGUAUCGUAGUGACUGCCCCUGAUGGUCAGAGGGGUGAACACGACAUUCCCUUUCGAAUGGAUGCUACUCGAGAAAAGAUAAGAGGGGGUGCAGGCGAAUGGAUGAUGUGGACCCACAUAUCACUUUUGGUAAGAAUGGAACCCAAGGGGUCUCUCUCCAUCGUUGUUCUCCUCAAGCUAAACCCCAACGUUUUGUACUCUAGUUGCGCUUCUUGUGUAUUUUUGCUAUUUAUGCUAUGGUGUUGGUUCUUUUGA